UUGGUCCGCCUGCUCUUCAGUCUGAGAGAGAUAUUCUGAGAGCAGCUAAAGAACAAUUCAACCUGAAGUCUGGGUGUCCGUGUGGCUUUUUUCUGGGUGGCUAUAUGAAGUUGCUUGCAGUUGCAAAUUGCCUUGUGUAGUUGACAAUUGUACAUGACGCAUUUUCAUUGUAACCUAUAAGUAUGGACAUUUUCAAGAGGACAAAGUCACCCAACAUUACCAACAACUUCAAGUGACUAUCUGUAAUAUGGUGCAUCCCUGGUGAUGUGCAGAGGGAGAUGAUAUGGCACAGGCUCCCUUAUCUGAUCCUGAUUGUCUUAUAGAAAUUGUGCUGGUUGGGAAAGUUGGAUGUGGGAAGAGUGCUUCAGGAAACACCAUCCUACGUAGGGAAGAGUUCAAAUCAUCAUGUAGUUUCUCAACUGUGACAAAAACUUGUGAGAGGAAGACAGAAGUUGUUUGUGGGAGGAAGAUAGCUCUCGUGGACACUCCUGGACUAGACUGUGCUGAGGUGUCCAGUAACGAACUGUUUCUAUCCUUAAAGAACAAAACAUACAAAGUCGUCAAUAUCUUCCUCCUGGUGAUCCAGCUGGGCAGGUUCACAAAGGAACAGAAUGCAGCUGUACAAAAGAUGGAGGAUAUAUUUGGUGAGGAGGUGAGAAAGUUCACCAUGAUACUCUUCACACAUGGAGACAUGUUGAAACGUACAUCGAUAGAAGACUAUAUCCAAAAAGCAGGUGAACCACUGGGGCAAGUUAUUCAGAGAUAUGGUCAGAGAUACCAUGUGUUCAACAAUGAGUCUGGUCCUCCAAACCAGGUGACAGAACUGUUUGAGAAGAUCAACAGAAUGCGGACUGUGGUACAUAACAGAUCGUACUACUUUGUUUCAUCCGGAGCAACGAAGAGUGAGUUGUUAUUGUACAUCUCAAUGAAGACGGGGCUGAGCUUUUCGAUUGUCGAGAAAGAAUUGGACCGGGGAAUACUUAUCUUAACCGACGGUUUUACAUAUCUAUCAGUAAUGGAGGACAUUAUGGAAUAUGAUGUAAAACGAGUGGAGGAAAUGAAAAUACUUGAGGAGGAGAGAAAAAGACUUGAGGAGGAGAGACAAGAAUUUAUGGGGAUGGAAAUAAUGUUUAAGAUGACGAGGAUCUAUUGGCCUCUGUGGAGCAGACGUGUGGAGGAGCAAGAAAGACUUGAGGAGGAGCGAGAAAGACUUGAGGAGGAGAGAAAAAGACUUGAGAUGGAGAUAUUUGAGGAGCUGUGGAGCUGGAGAUAUGUGGUAAGAAACAGAAGUGAGGAGGAGAUAAAAAGACUUGAGCAGAGAGAGAGAUGUGAGGAGGAGAGAGAAAGACGUAAGGAGGAGAGCGAAAGACGUGAGAAGGAGAGCGAAAGACGGGAGGAAGAGAGAAAAAGACUUGUGAAGAGAGAAAGACAGGAGGAGGAAGGAGAAAGACGUGAGGAAGAGAGAAAACAACGUGGGGAAGAGAGAAAACGACGUGACUGA